CACGACAGUGUCCAAUGAACGAUCAUCGAGAACGAAUGAUCAAAGCGGGUAUCAGCGAACGCGCGCUCGUUCCUUAAACGAGUACUGCCCUGGCCGGGUGAGAAAUACACGUUAUACUCCCCGUACGCGUAAAUCCCACACGACUGAAACGAGGCGAACGUAGUGGGGGGAUACGUGAUACCGGGAUGUCGAGGCACAAGACCGAAGUUUAGUUUUGCUUAAGACGACUUUAAGUUGCACCACUCGCGUACCCUGACCCGGCUCAGGUGGUCGGGGGAUGACCUCUGUUCUGCCGGAUUCUGAUCGGUCGCUUUUGAAAAAAGUUCGCGCUUUCGAGUGAUAGUUUGCUAUACACAUUACAUAUUGUACACACACACACACAGAUCAUACCGGUGUUUCGUGUGUAAUCGACUUUUGGAUUCUAUCGCAUGAGACAUUCAACGGAAUUCCCUACGUCAUGAAACGCGGCUGCUCUACCACAGACCUACUGAACUCGCUUUAUCUCGCCGACAACUAUUAUUAUCAAGAACACAGCCAAAACGAAGGAGAUAAGAACAAUAAUAAUAAAGAUUUCAUCAAAAGCGCGUCCGGCCCGCAAGAGAAAGAGAUGAAAGAGAAAAGCAAGAACGCGGCGCGCUCGCGUCGCGUUAAGGAGAAUCAGGAGUUUCUGGAGUUGGCGAAGUUGUUGCCGCUCCCGGCCGCCAUUACUACGCAACUGGACAAGGCUAGUAUCAUCAGGCUGACUACGAGUUAUCUGAAGAUGAGAGCCGUCUUUCCUCACGGCCUUGGUGAUGAAUGGGGAGCCGCACCACCGCCCAACAACCCUCUGGAAUCCGCGAUCAAAGAACUGGGCUCUCAUCUUUUACAAACUCUGGAUGGAUUUAUAUUCGUCGUGGCGCCAGACGGAAAAAUUAUGUACAUAAGCGAGACUGCCAGCGUACACUUAGGAUUGUCCCAGGUGGAAUUAACGGGUAACAGCAUAUUCGAGUAUAUUUAUCCGGACGAUCGCAACGAGAUGAUCUCCAUGCUGAAUCUCCCGUCCAAUUCCCCGGAUCACCGCUUUACAUAUCCGCCGCCGAAUUCGCGAGGCGAGAUAGAGCUGGAACGUGCCUUUCUUCUCAGGAUGAAGUGCAUCCUGGCCAAGAGGAACGCGGGCCUCGUCUCCGAAGGAUACAAGGUGAUACAUUGUUCAGGUUACCUGAAAUGCGUCUUCGACGGACCUGUGGAGUACGAGGACAGCCUUACCCGAAACGUCGGUCUCAUCCGAAACGUCGGCCUAUUGGCGGUCGGCCAUUCGCUGCCGACGAGUUCCAUAACCGAAAUUAAAUUGCACCAAAACAUGUUCAUGUUCCGGGCAUCGCUCGACCUGAAGCUCAUAUUUCUCGACGCGAGAGUAGCUCAUUUGACAGGCUACGAUCCGCCAGACCUCAUCGAGAAGACCUUGUACCACUAUGUGCACGCGGCUGAUGUUGUGCAUUUGAGACAAGCUCAUCGUUUGCUGUUGUGCAAGGGUCAAGUGACGACUAGGUACUACAGGUUCCUGACGAAGAAUGGCGGCUGGGUGUGGAUGCAGUCGUACGUGACGAUCGUGCACAAUUCGAGGAGCUCGCGGCCGCACUGCAUCGUCUCCGUCAACUACGUGUUAACGGCCGCCGAGAAUGCGGGCUUGAUUCUCAACUGCGAGCAGAAGUUGCCCUGCUCGAGUCCCGGCAACCCACCGAGCGCGCCCCUUUCGACGCCCGCGGUCGGCGCGAACGACCUGGACAAUCACAGCCCGAGUCCACCUUCCUAUCGCGCCGGCAGGACCAAGGAACCGCCCGACACCGACUACACCGACAGCUCCGGAUACCACAACUCGGAUUACAUCGCGACGGGUGCGACGAAUCACAAUCACUACCUGUCGCCGUCGCCGUACGCACCGCAUAGCGUGGACGGGGCGGCCCACGGGGAAGACGCUUAUUACAAUCCGGAUAUGUUCUACCAAUUCAAUGAUCCGGCCAACUUGCAACAUCAGCAAGAAGCGCAGCAGCAUCUCUUGCAUCAUGCGCCUUCCUUGACCACCAUCCAGCACGGUACCCAGAACAAUCAGCACAAACGACCGCAUUCACAGCACUUGCUGCAUCACGCGACCUCUCUCACUACUAUCGAGCAGCAACAGCAGCAACAUAGUCCCCAGAGCGGCCAACAGAAACGACCUUACUCCACGUCCUCGAGCUCUUGCGGCAGCAGCGACGGUCUCGAGACGCACUUUGCGAGUUCCGUGAAUUUAGUGCCCUCAUCAGGCUAUCACCCGUCGCAUCACCAUCAUCACCAUCACCAUCAUCAUCACAUGUCGGACACGACGUUGAACGAGGCGGGCGGCGUCAUCAUGUACCCCAACUGCGGCUUCAACAACAACGAUAACUACAGCGUCGCCGCCGCCGCCGCGGCGACGCUCCAACAUCACGAGAGCUACCAGACCCAGCCUCACAAUAGCAACGGUAACGCGACCGUCAAGCAUCCUCAGCAUCCACUGGAAGCUUCGUCCUCGGCCGGCUACACCAGCGUCAUCGUCGACUCGCAGCAAUACAGUCCCAAUACCGUGCAGGACCUUCACACGCACCAGACCACACCGGUGGACGACGGCACGCCGCCGUUGCAUCAUCAGCAUCAUUACGAGACGCAUCAUCAGUUUGUUCGCUGACACCAAUUCGAGGUGCCCUGUGCGUAGCACUUUGACACUCGUGACGAUGGCGCAUGCGGGCAUCACCAGCAUCUUCAUCAUUGCAAUCAUCAUCAUCAUCAUCAUCACCAACAACAACAACAACA